UGUGUCUCUCGCUCACGCACGCGCAUACACGUGCGUCAGUAAAAGUCCUGGCAACAGAACGGUGACGUUUGACCGAGGUGAUGUCAGAGCUUCAGGCCCGUCCAUUUUCCCCUUUUGCACUUGGACUUGACACUUGUUGACCCACUGCAAAACCUGUCUGUUCGAAAGUUGAACUCUUGAAUAGCGGAUCACCUGGAAAACAUUCUUCGGAAAACAAACUGUUGGAUAACUGAACUGAGGAAAACCUUGCAGAAAAGCACUGCAAAAUCUACCUGCUGAAAAUGGCUUCAAGUGGACCCCCCCGGGCGGAUCACCUUCUGACCAGGAUCGGACGGUGGAUUGUCUCCUUUGCACGUGGCUCCUUUUGGCCUUUCAACAGAAAUCGUUCUGUUGCUGAAAGGCCCCCUGAUGACCAGGAAGAGGAUGGGCUUCAACAGGCUGAGGUAGGAAACAGGGGACCUCCCCUUCCUCUGCUCCCGCAGUUCCUACCACCACCCUUUUGGAUGCAGGGGCAACAGCAUGGUCCUGCUGUUCCUUUUCCUCACUUCUAUCCCGCCCCCUAUCCUGUUCCCUUCGCUGUUCCACAUCCUGUUCCUUAUGCUCUUGCUCAUCCUUAUGCUUUUUCCCCAUCAUGGUCCUUUUGCUUUUCAUAAUGCUUUCCCUCAUGCUGCUCCUCAUGCUGCUCCUUAUGCUGCUCCUUACGCUGCUCCUGCUUUCCCCCACGCUAAUCCUUAUGCUGCUCCUCAUGCUGCUCCUCAUGCUGCUCCUUAUGCUGCUCCUUACGCUGCUCCUGCUUUCCCCCACGCUAAUCCUUAUGCUGCUCCUCAUGCUGCUCCUCAUGCUGCUCCUGCUUUCCCCCACGCUAAUCCUUAUGCUGCUCCUCAUGCUGCUCCUGCUUUCCCCCACGCUAAUCCUUAUGCUGCUCCUCAUGCUGCUCCUGCUUUCCCUGGCCCUGAUCCUUACGCUGCUCCUGCAUUCCCCCAUGCUAAUCCUUAUGCUGCUCCUGCCCCUGAUCCAUAUGCUCUCCCUCAUGCUGAGCCUCAUGGUGCUCAUGCUGUUGCUCAACCGGACUUUUAUGGUUUCCCUAAUGAUCCUUUCGCUGUUGAUCAACCUGACCUUCACGCUGAUCCUUAUGUUGCCCUUGCGGAGCCAUUUGAUGAAGACAAUGAAGACGAUGAAGAGGACGAGGACUUCAUGAAUGGAGACAUCGGUACUGAUGAUGAAGUUACUAUUUACAUCCCUAAUCUUGAUGUCGAGGACAUCGGGCAACUCUGCCCAGAAGAUGACAGCUCUGAUGACAGCUCUGAUGACAGCUCUUCAGCAGAGGCCUCUGUGUCUCCCUCAACCUCUGGUCUCAGCUCCUCCGCAAGGCGGCGCAGGGAAGAUGGCGACUUGGAAGAGACUCCUGCCAAGAGGCCCAGGUGGUCGACUGACAGCGACUCAGAUUGAUUCUCUAAUGUGCUUCAGAACUGCCAUACCUCCAGGACAUCACUACUAGACCACAGCUAUCACAGACUUCUUAACUGUGAGGGCUUGCCUUUGCAUCUGGCAGGGCUGUCAACAUCCCAAGUAGUGUCUUGCACUUGGUCUUUUUUGUACUUUUGCACAUUUUGGUACGGUGGCUGGACUUUUCUUUCACCCUGAGGGCUGGCCUUUGCAUCUGGCAAGGCUGUCCAUGGUCCUGCCCCAAACCUCAGGGAGUCAAGUUUACAAAGAAAGCUCCCCAAAAGGAAGUCUAGUCUGGCCUUAAUAUGGCUGAAAGAAAUGGUAAGUAUUUAUAAUGAACGAUGGGUACUUAUAAAGAACGGUAAGUAUUUGUAAGGAACAGUAAGCACUUAUAAAGAGCAGUAAGUAUUUGUAAGGAACAGUAAGCACUUAUAAAGAACGGUAAGUAUUUGUAACAAACAGUAAGCACUUAUA